AAAUUAUCCUUCAGGAGAGUUCCCUCAUUAGUGUACCUAAUGAAGUUCCCCAUUGUUACAAUAUAUAUAUACCACCAAAACGAACAAAUACAAUAAAUUACACAUAAGUCCCAAUACAUUAAAAUAAUUUUAGAUGAUUUUUUUAUGUGCAAAAUUUAACCAGUAAUAAAUAGGAAGAGGUGUUGAUUUGGGUGAAUGAAUGGGAGUAUGGCGUCGGUGUGAUUGAGUGUCCAUCAUGGCGGAGGGCGUGUACUAAUGGAGGCGAGAGAGAUGUUUAUAAAGACGUGGUUGUGAGUACACUUCUCAUUCACUCUCCUACUCCGCAACACAGAACAUUCACACAAUGAUUGUGUAGUGUCGUAACCUCUCCAUUAGUUGUCGUUUUAUAUAUGCGCAAGGUGCACUGUCUUGUAUCGACACUACCACCACCACCACAGAGCGAGCCGUCAUGCACUGCCAAGCCGAGGUGAGGCUCUCCUCCCCGGGCCAGCUGAAGGCUGCCAGGCGGCGCUACAAGACCUUCAUGAUAGACGAGAUUCUCUCCAAGGAGGCUUGUGAUUACUUUGAGAAGUUCUCCCUUUACUCCGUGUGUCCGUCGCUCAUCGUACGGCCGAAGCCUCUGCACUCUUGUUCGGGGCCCUCGCCACUUCGCGCCUACCCGCUCCUCUCCGUCAUCACGCGGCAGCCUCCCAGCUUCCCCCGGCCGCCGUCCCCGGGCGGACUCCCGCCGCACCUGCCCCUGCUGUCGCCGCAGCACGGCCGCGGCUCCGAGGCGUCGCCCUGCAGCCAGGCGGCGCUCAGCGUCAGCAGCGAGUCGGAGGCGGAGCGCGGCACGCCGCGCCUCAAGAAGGCCCGUCGCAGCCGCACCAUCUUCACCGAGCUGCAGCUGAUGGGCCUGGAGAAGAAGUUCCAGAAGCAGAAGUACCUCUCCACGCCGGACAGGUUGGACUUGGCUCAGUCCCUCGGCCUCACACAGCUGCAGGUGAAGACCUGGUACCAAAACAGGCGCAUGAAGUGGAAAAAGAUGGUGCUCAAAGGAGGUCAGGAGGCGCCCACCAAGCCUAAGGGAAGACCCAAGAAGAACUCCAUCCCCACCACCGAGGAAAUCGAAGCCGAAGAGCGGCGGCUGAAGCAAGAGGAAGAAGAGCAGCUGGGGGGCACGGCAAAAACCCAAACCACGCUUCAACUCCAGCCCGAAGACCUAAGCUCCGGCCCCAUCGCGACCCCGCAAAGUCACGGUACGGCGCGGGUGAUCGGGGAGCGAGCGGCGCCUCUCCUAAUAACCUCAGAGACUCCUGCAGAGAGCUAAGCGGCAGCAGCAACACAACCAAAGACUGAUACCACAACACCUGGAAACAAAUAGUGCCUCAGGAUCGCUGUAAAGGAAACGUGCCAUGCCUUUAAGGUCGUUUGUGACCCACAAACACGCAAUCCUUGUCACACGUGCUGGCUUUUUGUGCCACUCGGAAAUAUAAACACAAAACAAAGGCGCACGCGUAGACAAAUGGACAAGUCGACGUUUUGCUUGAUGGCGGCCAUGUUUUGCAGCCAAUCUUGCUCACAUUUUAGACACUAAAUUCAGCAUUACUCGGCAAAACACCGGGAAGUUACUGCGGGAAUUUUUAUUUAUGUAUUUUUUUUACACUCUCAAAAAUAGUAGUACCAGUGCGUUACCUAAAAGGACACGGUGGGUAUCUUUUUGUAAGACAUUUUUGACAUCUUUGUACCUUAUUAUUAUUACCAGUUAAACUACAAUCAGCCAAAAUGUUUCGCCUCUCAAAUAGUUGAUAGUGCCAGGAUGACGCAAACUUGUACUUGAACCCUUCAUUAAAUAAGAAAAUAAACACUCUAUUGGGCCUGGGUCGAUCCAUAAAUUAAUUAAUGGAACAAUAAUUAAAAAUAAACUGGAAUAAUUACUAUUGAUCAUCUUCGUCUGUUGCUCUGCGAGAGGGUUCACUCGGUGCAUCAAGUCUGAGCACCUGAGCCCAUUUGUUCAAUAGCAGAAUUAAACUAACAGAGUGAACCAUCUUGUCAUCCAUCCACAAUCUUUGUCUCCGUGGGCGAAGGCGGGACUACAAUAUAUCAGCUUCAAACAGAAUGAGCGAGUAUAAUUUUUGCUGGCAGAAAUUGAGAGUCCAUGUUAUUUUUAUGCUUGUUUACUUAUGAUAAUUAAAAAAUAUUGACCUUCCACUUACAAUGGUAAAAAAAUACUAAUGGUAAAAAAAAAAGGAAGUAUUCCAUUCGGAAAGGUAACUUGCUUUAUUAUUAUUAUUCGUGCUUGAGAUGGUCUCGAAAUAAUGCUGACAAUAAUAUUUUUUUAUCUGCAAUAAUUUGCUCAGCAAAACGUAUUAUCGGCCCAGGCCAGAGCUCAUUACACAACAGUAGGUCAAAUCAUGAAGGAUGCAAUUGAAGAUAAAACACGAUCAUUUAAAAAUGAGGAAUAAAAGUUAAUAGGAUAGAGAUGACAGCAAUAGAAAAAUGUGUUAUUGAUAUUACAGUGGGGAAAAUACUCAUAGGGGCCCAAUUAUUGGGUGUAUUUCGCCUGGGGGGAAGACGGAGUUAAUGCAGUCUGCUGAAAAUGAUGGAAAGCACCGUUCUUCAUAGCAACUGAUGCUGUGGUCAAAGUUCAAAUUUGCCUCAAAACACAUUUUAAGAUAUAUAACACUCUACUGCCAUCUGGAUAGUGCAUUCCCCUAAUUCGUCACGAUUCAUGUGUCAGAUAAACUACUAUUAGUAUGCCUUAUCUAAAAUACUAGUAACAUGUACUGUCAAUGAGCUAAACAUAUUUGUAAUGCAGACGGAACCCAAGCACGUACUUUAUAUCACCUUUUACUCUUUUUGGUUUAUACAAAUAAAUACUUCUGGCCUUGGAAAGACCAAAUAUUAUACUUUGUACAAAACAUUCUUGAAAAAUGUCCUUAUUGGUACAGAAAUCUUCUUGUCUUUUUAUUCUAUUUUUGAGAGUGUAGAGAAAUUUCAAGUCAGCAAAUAAUAGCACAGGCAACACAGUAAAGGUGCGUGUUUCGACCAAUUUUUACCACUGUGUGUGCAUACCUCCCCCUGCCUCUUGGAGGUUGCAUUGCAGCGGUGAAGCUGUUUGUUACCUUCCAGGGGAAACAAACCCACCUCAUUUAUUAUUUAUUCACAUAAAAAAAGUCACGCGAUAGAACAAAUAGUGUGUUGACCCGUCACUACGUGAUAUUUAUUGUUGCAGAAUCCACCGAUUGUGUCACCGAUCUUGCCUCACGUGAUGCUCAUGCCAAAAAUAUUAGAAAUUGCCUUACUAUGCUGUAACCAUGUAGCACUGCCAAAAACGAUAUAUCAACAUAUAACAAAUGGCUAUUGUGCCUUGUCGGUCUCAAAGGGAAGCAUUUUUUGUGGGUGGAACAAAUACACUGUAUCAUACUGUAGAAAUAUGUGUACAUGAUAAGCUGUAUGUGUACUGCAGUAUUUUAACUGCUGUUUGAAAAGGGAUGAUUAUAAAUAGUUUGUAUAUGUCUCAGACUUCCAGCCCUUCUCUUUGCGGUGUCAGGACGGCUCCUCUUUUCUGCCACAAAAAAAGCCAUUAGCGACUUUUUAAGUUGUCGAGAUUUCUCCGACGAAAUAAAUCACAGCCUCUUGCCUAACAGUCGACAUUUUAAGUGUCAGACAUUCUCAGCCUGCAGGCUCUUUGUUGUUUUUGUUGUUGUUUUUGUUUCUUUACACCGCUCGUGACCGACUUUGCUUCCCCUCUCCUCCUUGUAAACUUUUUGAGUUCCGUAUGCACAGAUGCAGUAUUUUUCUGAUUU